CUUUCUUUGAAAGGUAACAAUUUACAGCUCAAAGUCAUAAAAUGAGAAGAAGCUUAUCAACAGGUCCAGCUAGAAAUGAACUUCUUUUCCCUUUGUCAAAAGUGGGACUAGCUUGAUAUCCCAUCAACCAAGAUAUAUAAACAUGUAUCUCUUUGAUCUUCAACAUGGCCACUUCAUCUAAGUUCUUAGCACACAAAUACUCCUUCUGCCCAUAACAAGCUAUUUCAACUCCUUGCUGUUGCUGCUGGUAUAGCUGUCAUCAGUUUUACCUCGGUUGCUAGUACUCUGCUUCUCUAGAAGAUAUAAACACAUACACAAACAGCCAUUUUGGUGGAUUUCAGUAAGAAACAACUGCAAGAAUACAACUAGAACCACAUUGAACCAUGCACCAAAUUAACUCGCACGCACCUCCAAGCAACCAAGAUGACUAUAAACUGAAGGACACAAACCCCCAGCUUGGGGAGCGGUGGCCACAUGGAGGAGUACGUGGUGGAGGGGGGUGGAUUAGCGACAGGGCCACAAGCACUUAUGAUCUUGUCGAACAGAUGCAAUAUCUUUAUGUUCGAGUGGUGAAAGCAAGAGAUCUCCCCACAAAUCCCAUCACAGGAAGCUGCGAUCCAUAUGCAGAGGUGAAACUCGGGAACUACAAAGGUAAAACACAGCACUUUGAGAAGAAAACGUACCCUGAGUGGAACCAAGCCUUCGCAUUCUCAAAAGAGAAGAUUCAAUCUUCAAUCCUCGAAGUUUUUGUCAGAGAUAGAGAGAUGGUAACAAGGGAUGAUUAUGUAGGAAAGGUGGUCUUUGACAUGAAUGAAGUGCCCACCAGGGUUCCACCAGACAGCCCUUUGGCACCUCAGUGGUAUAGACUAGAGGAACGCCGUGGUGAAAGCAAGGUUAAAGGGGAGAUAAUGCUCGCAGUGUGGAUGGGUACACAAGCUGAUGAAGCUUUCCCAGAAGCAUGGCAUUCAGACGCUGCUACAGUUCAUGGAGAGGGUGUUUUCAGUGUCAGAUCAAAGGUUUAUGUUUCACCUAAAUUGUGGUAUCUUCGAGUUAAUGUGAUUGAAGCUCAAGAUGUAGAAUCCCAUGACAAAAGCCAACCUCCUCAGGUAUUUGUGAAGGCUCAUGUUGGAAACCAAAUACUUAAGACCAAGACAUGCCCAAUCCGAACAACUAACCCAUUCUGGAAUGAAGACCUAAUCUUUGUAGCAGCUGAGCCUUUUGAAGAACAGUUGGUGCUUACGGUUGAAAAUAAAGUGAGCCCUUCAAAAGAUGAACUUGUGGGGAGGAUAGGUUUGCCACUCAACAUCUUUGAGAGGCGAUUGGAUCACCGGCCGGUACAAUAUCCUCGCUGGUUCAACCUCGAAAAGUUUGGUUUCGGUGUUCUAGAGGGUGAUAGGAGAAACGAGAUCAAGUUUUCAACCAGAGUUCAUCUCAGAGUCUGCCUUGAGGGUGCUUACCAUGUACUAGAUGAAUCAACUAUGUAUAUCAGUGACCAAAGGCCUACUGCUCGGCAACUGUGGAAGCAGCCAAUUGGAAUACUUGAAGUGGGUAUCUUGAGUGCACAAGGGCUUCAACCAAUGAAGACUAAGGAUGGCCGAGGAGCCACAGAUGCUUACUGUGUGGCUAAGUAUGGACAGAAGUGGGUGAGAACCAGAACAAUAGUCGAAAGUUUUAGUCCCAAAUGGAAUGAGCAAUAUACAUGGGAGGUUUAUGACCCUUGUACAGUAAUCACAUUGGGAGUUUUUGAUAACAGCCACUUGGGAGGGAAUGCUGGAAAUGGAACUGGAAGGGACUCAAGAAUUGGAAAGGUAAGAAUCCGGUUGUCAACCCUUGAGACGGAUCGGAUUUAUACUCACUCUUACCCACUUCUUGUUCUACAACCAUCUGGAGUGAAGAAAAUGGGUGAGCUCCAACUUGCCUUUCGGUUCACUUGCUUGUCUCUCACAAAUAUGAUCUAUCUUUAUGGCCAGCCCUUGCUGCCAAAAAUGCAUUAUCUGCAUCCUUUUACAGUGAACCAAUUAGAUAGUUUGAGAUAUCAGGCCAUGACCAUUGUAGCAGUGAGGCUUGGCAGAGCUGAACCUCCACUGAGGAAAGAGGUGGUGGAAUUCAUGUUGGAUGUGGAUUCCCACAUGUGGAGCAUGAGAAGAAGCAAAGCUAACUUCUUUAGAAUUGUUUCUCUGUUUUCGAGCAUGAUUUCUAUGAGCAAGUGGCUUGGUGAAGUCCGUCAUUGGAAGAACCCAAUCACUUCAAUUCUAGUUCAUGUCCUCUUUUGCAUAUUGAUCUGCUACCCAGAACUGAUACUCCCAACCAUUUUCGUCUACAUGUUUAUAAUUGGAAUAUGGAAUUUCCGUUUCCGGCCGAGGCAUCCUCCACACAUGGAUACUAAACUUUCACGGGCAGCAGCAGUUCACCCAGAUGAACUAGAUGAAGAGUUUGACACUUUUCCUACGUCCAAGCCUCAAGAUAUAGUGCGGAUGAGGUACGACAGGCUUCGGAGCGUGGCAGGCAGAAUUCAAACAGUGGCAGGUGACAUUGCAACACAAGGGGAAAGAUUUCAUGCUCUGCUCAGCUGGAGAGAUCCGAGAGCGACAAGCCUCUACAUAGUUUUCUGCCUUUGUGCAGCAGUGGUUCUUUAUGUGACACCCUUCAAAAUAGUGACUUUGGUUGCAGGAUUGUAUGCACUAAGGCACCCAAGAUUCAGGAGCAAGAUGCCUUCAGUACCCAGCAAUUUCUUCAGAAGAUUGCCAGCUCGAGCUGAUAGCAUGCUCUGA